AUGAUACCGAAACCGAGCAACAACCAGGAGAGUGGCACAAAAGAAUUGAUUGCAUCAUUGGGGGCUGUGAUCGUACCACAUAUGGUCAGCACGGGGAAGAUGUUAAUUUCUCCGUCAGUGAACAACGUCGGAACUUCUCACCAAUAUCCGUUAGAAUUUGACCGUGUGCUAAAGAACGAAUUACAGCAAACCAUUUCGGUUAACAUCGAAGCGACCCUGAUGAUGACCCACAUGGUGCUACCCGGAAUGAAACGUCGGCGUCGAGGAAUUAUUGUUAAUAUGUCUUCGGCGGCCGGACUAUUCCCGAUUCCACAUGUUUCGGUUUAUGUGGCCUCCAAGGCAUUCCUCAACAAUUUCAACUUCGGUUCACGUUGGCCCUGA